CUUCUUCAUCCCGCAGAACAACGAGCAGACGUCAAAAUUCGGAAGAAAUUGAAGACGAUGUUGUCACCCAGAGACAGGCUGAUGACGACGUGAGCGACGGAGAGGGACCCUCGAGGACCGCAACGCAGUCUAGGAAGAAAUAUGGAAAGCAGAAGAAGGUCACCCAGAAUACCCAGGAUUCGGACGACGACGAUGAAGUCUCUGAAAGCGACGGCGAUGAUGAGCAAAUCGACGUGUCGCAGCUUCGUGACCAACCUUUGCCCGCAGCAAACGAAGCUGGUCUGCGCGGUCUCUGUGUCGACUGGAAAAACGUCGAAUUUAGCACCAGGCAGCACUGGAGUAUGAUCCAGGAUAUUGCUUCUGCUCUUGCGGAUAACGUGGACGAGGAGGCAGCUCGCGAACCCAUCGAAUCGCUGGACAGCGUGAUGCGAGAACUCAUCGACCUCAGUACAGAGAUGAUCAGCCAUAAAGAGGUCAUAGACGACAUAAGGCAGAAGUUGGUACAAGGCCAGAAAAUUGACAAUGCCCUGGACCGCUACAUGUCAGGAGUCGAAGCAAAGAAGGAGGAAUACCAGAAGAAAACGACGCGUCAAAAGUACGCUAAAUCUGACGCAUACAUCGAAUUCAGGUCUUCGAUUUGGAACGCACAAAAACCAGGGCAGCCUAUGCCACCGCUUACCACCUUCAUUGAGAAAGAGGAUGGGGAUGAUAGUGACGAUGACGACCUCGAGAUCGGUGGUCAAACUCAGGACUUCAAGUGUCCUAUUACUCUGACCAUUUUGAUUGACCCGUUAACUUCACGAUUAUGCGGCCACUCUUACGACGCCGCCGCUAUUCGGUCUAUGCUUGGGAGGGGAAGCAAGGCUUGCCCUGCCGCUGGCUGUAAGAAAAUGAUCGCCAUCUCCGACUGCUUGCCCAAUGAAGAUCUCGCAAAGAAAGCCAAGAAUCAUAAACGCAGGCUCGAGCGCCAGGAAGAAGAGGCUCAUAGCGACGUUGACGAAGUUAUUGAGUAA